GACGCCGCGUCGCCGUCGCCGCGCUCGGCGUCGUCAUGGCGCCGUCGACGCCCGCGGCGCGCGUGCCGACGAUGCGCCGCGCGCGCGAGGACGAACCGGUGACGAACCUGUCCGUCGCCGCGCUCGGCGCGCUGUUUCUCGCGAACAUCGCGCUCGUGAUCCUGGGCCUGAUUCUCAUCGUCGUCGGACGACGCGCGGGAGGCGUCGGAAGCGUCUUCGCGCACGGCGGACUGGACGAUCCGCUGUUUGAGAACCCAGGGACGUCGGCGAGCGUGAUCGGGACGCUGCUGUGCGCGCUGGCGAGCUAUGGGUUGGCUGGGUUGUAUCACCGAAACAAGACGUACUUGUUGUCGUAUCACGUGUUGAGCAUAUUCAUGCUCGUCGGGAUCAUUUACGCGUGCGCGGUGAUGAACAUAUAUAAAAGCGCGAGCGCGGACAUGGUGAGGAAUUAUUGGCACACGUUUCAACAGAACACGAACAUCACGGGGAUCACGCGCGUCGGUCGGCCGACGCGGUUGGACCACGCGGUGUGGAUAAUGCGAGUGGAGGAAGCGCGCGCGGAGGCGAGGUUGUUUUUGAGAACGGUGGCGUCGUGCAUGGGGGCGUCGAUAUUCUUCAUUCUCACCGCGCUCGGGUGUACUGCGUACAUUAUGGGAUUGAAGUACACGGGGGUGUACGUCGGGAUAACCACAAACGUGGCGGGCGUGGCGUUCGCGCUGACGCUCUUUGUACUGUGUUACUACGUCGCCAAGUCUACAUACAACGUUCCAGAUGCAGUGUCGAUGAAAUUUGACGUCGCGUUCAUGCACGACGUCGGUGUAAGCGUGCCCCCAGAGGCGACGACUUUGUUCAACACGCUGAGAAAGUCGCCGGAUUUAAUCUUUCAGACAGCCGAUCCAUCAAACGGUCGUCGCCGACUGUUGCAGAGCGGCGAUAACUCGACACAGUCUCCGCCGACGCCGCCAUCGCCUUCACCGCCGCCGCCGCCAUCGCCUUCACCGCCUCCUCCUCCGGACGCCGACUGGCAGGCGCAGUCGGUGUGGGUGUUUGAGGAGCGUCACGUGCGAGUCGAUAACGUGCAGUACAACUUGACUUUCAAGUUGGCGUUGGCAGGAAUCAGUGGCGAUGAUCUUGAUGAGUCUUUCAGCGCGUGGGCGGCGAAAAAGAUUGCCGAUUUCGGUGAAAUCACGCCAGACAAGGUUUACGUGUCUGAACUCAAGGCGGGUGCAGAGCACAAAAUUGGUGGCGUCUGGGCGCCGCGAUUUCUCGCCGCCACUGCGUUCAUUAUCGCAUUCUUUAACGUCUAUGGCCUGGUGGCCAUUUACAAGGACGACAGGUUCUUGAUGGCGACGCACUUCUGCUUCUCUUUUACUGGCAUCCUGUUGAUGAUCAUCGCGGCGGCGCUCGUGAGCAAACACGCCGAUGCGACGUCGCGACUCAUCAGCAACAACUGGCAUUCGAUACAGAACAAAGUAAUUGGUGCAGGCGUAGAACCUGUCGAUGCCGGUGCUUUCGCGCGAGCGCACUUCAAGGCUGCCGCGGCGCUCGGCAUCACCGUCAUCGUCUUACAGGUCACGUCCAUAGUCGCCACGCUGUUAAACUUUUUCAGCAACGAACCGUCUUACACGCUUCUUACGCCGGGAAAAAGCGGCUCUAACAGCAACGGUGCGACGAUUGGUAGAUUUGCAGGCGUCGAGCUCGAUUCCUUCGACGAAGAAUACGGCAAGCGAGGCAGCUUGAGUCAACAACGCGGGCACACUCGACGAGGCAGCGACGGCUUGGUGCCGUUGGGCAAUCUCGCCACGCCGCCGAGUAAACACUUUUCGAUAGAUUGAACGAGACAUUCGUCGUGGAAUCGGUCGCGCUCACCGCACAUGCACAUGAAUAGCACAUAGC